AUGAAUUGUCAAAGAGUCGUACAUUAUAUAAACGCCGCCAUUUCUGCUUUCUGUCUUUUCUGUCUUUCUUUCUGUUAUACACUUAUCACCAAUACUGAAAGUCCUCGAUCGAUUCGCCAAAAAUUCGCUCGACAGAAGCACGCUCAUUGCGUUAAAACAAUUCUUCGGAUCACAAUCAACUCGAUUUGUCAAAUACUUCACAAUGUUUGCAAAAAGGAGGGCCUGACUAUUCCAGCAGAGCUUUCUAAGAGAAUUGCUGAGAAGUCAAAUAGGAAUCUACGGAGGGCCCUGCUGAUGUGUGAAGUUUGCAGAGUUCAACAGUACCCUUUCUCGCCUGAUCAACCUGUUCAAGAGGCAGACUGGGAGGUGUAUUUGAGGGACACUGCACAGCAAAUUGUUGAGCAACAAACACCUAAAAGGCUCCCAGACGAAUAACAAGCAAGACCUAUAAUCAAUAGCCGUCCAUGCUCAAAUAAUGCUCAUGCCAAAUUGGUGUUUCACUGAGUUGCGUCAUCAGCAGCGGGAAUUUUGCUGUGAAAAAAUAUAACACUUUUCCUUGGGAGCCUUCCAUUGUCUUAAAAAUUACAUGUUACUCUAUGGCCAAGAUGACUUCUAAAAGAAGAAAUUUAUCAAGGAAAAAAUUAUAUUUCCUUGUGUAUAUAGAUCAUGCCGAGACAACUGUGACACAUGUCAAAGAAAAUUAGGAGAAACUCUGCGCUAGAAAUUUUCCUUGACACUUUUCCAAUCUAAUAGAAUGGGCGAAAUUGUUUUUAUCGACGGAGUAAACUUGUUAGAGUUUUAAGAGUGACCUAAACACGAGGUUGUCUGGCGUUCGUUUAAAAACUAACAGGAACUAGAUCUCAUUUUCCUGCGUUUCAAUGCAAAUUCAAUAUAUAUUGACAGUUCCUGUUUGGCGCCAAAAGAAUGUCAUGGGUAUUUUUCCGCGAACAAAAUCCUA